AGGAUUUCACUACUGAAGAACCUAUUCUAACCCCAUCGGAUAAUUCUUCGGAAUUAGCUGCUAUAGCACAAGAUGUAUUCGCCGAGUUUGAUUGUAUCAAUAUUGAUUAUAGUGUUAUGCGUUAUCAUACAACUCGACCUAGUCAACAACAACCAUUACAAUCAAUUAUUGGUGGUUUACAUAUAACUAAUCCUGCAAUGUAUUCAAAUACUGGUGGAUCUUUGAUUACAACCACAUCAACAUCGUCACCGCCGCCGCCGCCGCCACAACUCACACCCUUAUCCUCAUCAUCAUCAAAUGUAUUGAGUGAUUCGUCCAGAACACUAUCGUCCAGUGGUGUUUAUGAUAUUGGUAGUAACCCUAAUAAUAGCAGCAGUACUAAUACUACUACUAAUACCACUAGUAGUAGUACUUGUGUUUCAUCUAAUCCAGACUCGUACAAUCUUAAAACAAACAAUACACUUUCAUUUCCUGACACUAUUAGUAGUGGUGGCGCUAGUGGUGGAGUUACAUCUUGUCUAUCACAUUCAUCGUGUAACACAUCACGAUUGACCAUUCCUCCUUCUUCUUGUUGUUGUUCAUCUGGUAUUGGACAAACCAUGGCUAACAAUUCAUCAUCGCAAUCAUCACCAUCAUCUAUGCUGCCAACACAUAGUGCACCCACUUCACCGACUCGUUCUCAUUCCAAUAUUACAACCUGUGGUAGUGGUGGGGGUGGUGGUGGUGAGAAAGCAAUGACCAAUCGGCUUGCACAUUGAUUUUUCAAUAAAGUUCAUUCACACUUUUCUGUAGAGCUAUUGUGUCAAUGUUGUUUGUUCGUUGGCGGCGACGGUGGUUGCGGCGACUGCGCCAUUUUUAUACAUAUAUCCAUCCAUCCAUGACUGUGAACAAAUCAUGUUCAUUCAUUCCUCUCUAACACACACACACGGACAACAAGAACAACAACAUGUCAGUAUUCAUACAUGUGUGUGUACACGUGUGUGUGUAUGUGUAUGUGUGUGCCUAUUGGCUGCCGUCAUUUCCUUUCUCUCUCCGUAUCUCUCUCGUGUGAAUCUAUGUACUCUGUCGAUUUCUUUGUUAAACACUGGUAAAUAGUAGUGGGGAUGGUCGUAGUAGUAGUCCUGGAAAUACUCAUUAUUAUCUUCUGUCCAUUAACUUUGAUGAUGUAAUAUUUCCUGAAGUACUUUGUGUGUGUGUGUAUGUAGUCAGUCAGUCAGUCAGUGUGCAAUCGUCUGUGAUUGUUAAGAUUAUCUUUCUCUCAGUGUCUUCUGUUUUGCUCUUCAACCCUUUUUU